CGAGGGCUGAAGGACAGCUAACUCUCACAGCAAGAGUUGUGAAAUCGAUAUGCUUUCAUGUUCCUACUCGCCAUCCACCGACUCGUGAAGUGUAGACAGUGGACCCGCGUAGUGCAACUCGACGAUGAGCGCGGUGAUCGAGCACCGACGAUCGAGCGGCGUGUCCGUCGUCGACGCACUCGAAACGAAAAAAGCAAAUGGCUCGUGAGACUGACGGGUAGCUUUGUUAAUGCUGACGAGGGAGCUACUCAAGCACGAGAUGACUAUCUUUCAUCUGAGGAACCCAUUUGGGCGAUACAAAGGCCCCGCCUUCGAUCGUCUUCAAACCGGAGUGGACCAAUCGGCUGAUGAGCUCGACUCGCGUGUCUAUGGACACCGGUUGCUGCUCAUUCUGGAGGCCGUCGCAAGCGCCGACCUCGACGAUGUUGACCCGCUUUUGAGGCAUGCGGUACAUCCGGUAUCAGCCUGCUCGCCGCAAUUUAAGUUUACGCAGUUGACAUUGCCGCGAUGCUCUAGCUGGAAUCUGUUGAGCCAUUCAAACAUAUGGAGACUCAGAUACACUCUGCUUCGAGAUAGCAGAUCAUCGCUCUCUCUAUCUCGAAGCAGAUCAUCGCUCUCUGACACAGUGGCAAGGGUGUAUCCACUGAUCAAGUGGCAUGGUACGCAGCAGGCGACCGUUGAGGUGACAGAUGGUGCUGAAGGUCUCCAUCUGGCCGCUUGCAUGAUUGCACGCACGAAAGGCACCCUGAGGCAGGAGGCUGGAAACGUAUCAUCGGUCAUGUCGCAAGGUAUCUGCAUCGCUAGCGCCUCGCUUGUGUCUGCUAGUCACACUGACGGAGAGCUCUGAGCUGGACUUAAGGCUUGAGGUUGCCAUUGCGGUCGUAGCAUCGCAAAAUGUCCGUUGGGGGCAGUAUGACAACUCGAAUAAGUCGCAAAGCUUCUCAAGAUUAAUUUGAUGCGGUGAUAGACAGGAUCAUCACGAAUGCAGUCGUGAUCGCAGACUGC